CCUUCCCCUUCCUCUUCACCUUCCCUUUCGAUCUGAAAUUAGAAAAAGAAAAAUAGGAAUCUGAUUUUGCAACGAAGCUUUGUUCAUCACUUAAGAACGUUUUCAAGUAACUUAGUAGCAAAAUGGCUGGAACUUACUGUGGAGUUGUCGGAGAAAGUGAAGCGGCGGCAGCUACGGUUGAGCCAAAGUUAAGAGCUUCUCGCCGUCGGAGAUUAGAGCUUCGUCCGUUUAAGAUAGUAGCUGACGCUGCUGUUCAACCACCGUUAGAGAACGAUCGGAAACGCCAUAAGCUCGAUCGCGAUCUAUUCCUACCGGUAUCUUCUCGGGAUUGUGAUAACGCGUUUCAAAACUCGAAAGAUCACGGAUUUAAGAACGAAGGUCUAUUUUCUAAUGGAACAGUAAAAUUAAUGAUUGAGAAGUCCAUGGAAGAUGAAAAGGAACGGCCGAAGUUCGGAAUGGCUUCUGUUUGUGGAAGGAGACGAGAUAUGGAAGACGCUGUUUCGAUUCAUCCUUCGUUUUGUAAACAAAGCUCUCAAGUUCAAAUUUCGUCGGAUAUUCACUUUUUCGCCGUCUUCGACGGCCACGGCUGCACUCAUGUUGCGAUGAAGUGUAGAGAUCGGUUUCACGAGAUAGUGAAAGAAGAAGUCGAAGCAUGCGGCGGUUUGAAUUCGGUGGAGUGGAAGAAUACGAUGGAGAAAAGCUUUGAGAGGAUGGAUGAAGAAGUUAGAGAAUGGACAGUAAACGCCAAGGAGAGUUCUACCUGCCGAUGUCAGCUUCGAACUCCACAGUGCGACGCCGUUGGAUCCACCGCCGUAGUUGCUCUAAUCACCCCGGAUAAGAUCAUUGUUGCUAAUUGCGGUGAUUCUCGCGCUGUUUUGUGUCGAAAUGGUGCCGCUUUCCCCCUCUCCGACGAUCACAAGCCGGAUCGACCCGAUGAAUUGCUCCGAAUAGAAGAAGCCGGUGGCAAAGUAAUUUAUUGGGACGGCCCUAGAGUUCUUGGUGUUUUAGCCAUGUCUAGAGCAAUUGGUGAUAAUUAUUUAAAACCGUUUGUUAUACCAAAGCCUGAGGUGACAAUAACAGAAAGAAGUGAAGACGAGUGUUUGAUAUUAGGAAGCGAUGGAUUGUGGGAUGUAGUGACGAAUGAUAUGGCGUGUAAGGUGGUGCGUAUGUGUUUAUGCGCAAGAAAAUCAUCAUUUGCACCAGGGUUUUCAGGUAAUGAGAUGGCGGUAAAAAAUGGUGCACUCGAAAGUUUUGAUAAACAAUGUUGGGAUGCUUCUGUUUUGUUAACGAAGUUGGCCUUGGUUAGACAUAGCGCGGAUAAUGUCAGCGUGGUGGUUGUUGAUUUAAAGAAAAAUCAACAGGCGAAUUAAUUGGGAAGAAAUCAUUCAAUUAAAAAUUACAGUUCUUUUUUUGUAAUUAUAAGAUGUAAAAUAUCUUAAAAUGAAAUGGGAAGAAAAGAAAAUAUGGGUUUUUAAUAA